AUGUCGUCAACCGACCUACUAGUGUUUGGGGAUCAGACAUUCUCACCAGUAGACUCAGUCAAGGAGCUCUACAACCGCUCUCGAACCUCUGUAUUGUUACAGACCUUUCUCCGCAAUAGCUGCGAUGCGCUUCGUCCUUAUGCCGGGGAUUUGGUCAUCGGGGAUGCCGAUGUGGCCUCCUUCCAGACUGCUCUCGAACUUGCAGAUUAUUACUCUCAAACUUCUGACAAGAGUACCAUCAUUUUAAGCGUUCUGCUGUGUAUCGCGCAAUUUGGGUCGCUUAUACUUCACUCGGAACAAGACCCUACGUUCCUGGAUAAUGUUACUACUCACCAGUAUCUGCUUGGGUUAUGUACCGGACUCAUCCCAGCUACUGCUGCCGCGGUAGCUAGAUCCGUGACCCACCUAGUCCAGAUGGGACCAGAAAUUGUAUGCAUCGCUUUACGCCUGGGGAAUGCAGCCCAGCAACGUUCCACUGAGAUCGAACCCGGUUCGCAAGACUGGACUCUGGUAGUUGGUAAAAUGAACAUCGAGAAGCUGCAACGUACCCUUGAUAACUUCAACAACGUGCACGCGCUACCCCGACACAGACAAGUCUACAUCAGCGCCAUCGGGGAUCGUUCCAUCACUAUCAGUGGACCGCCAUCCGUUAUGGCCUUACUUAUCGAACAUAGCACUGAGCUAGCUCCCCAUGUGUCCAGCAAACUGGGAAUUACAGCCGCAUAUCACGCAAAGCACCUAAGCUCUCCCGAUUUCAUCAAGAUACUAGGAUUUUCACCAUUCUUAGAUGAACCCCUACGUUCGAAAUCUAGAGUGUUAUCAACAAGCUCGGGAGUGGCAUAUCAAGCGAAAACGCUGAGGGAGUGCCUACACUUGGUCAUCGAGGACGUGUUGCAGCUUCCAUUGCAUCUGGACCUGAUAGUACAAAAGCUUGUGCCCGCCUUGAAGGGCCUCGAUGUUACAAUCAUACCGUUCGGCCCCUGUGGUAUCUCAAAGAGUAUUCAACAGGCUCUUUCAAACAAUGAUGUCAAAGUUGCUAUCGCUAAAGACAAAUCCAACGAUCUAUCGCAUGAUGAGGCAUACAAUAAGGAGACCAUCGCCGUCAUCGGCAUGUCCGGACGUUUCCCAGGUGGGAAUAGCCUCGAUGACUUCUGGAAGGUUAUUGAGACUGGAAGAGAUGUCCAUAAACAGAUACCCAGAGAUCGAUUUGACGCCGCUACACAUUGCGACCCAUCGGGAAAGAUUAAGAACAGCACGUUGUCCGCUUUUGGGUGCUUCAUCGACCAGCCUGGCAUGUUUGACACCCGUCUUUUCAACAUGUCGCCUCGAGAGGCCGCUCAGACGGACCCUGUGCAACGUCAGCUAUUAAUGGUCACGUAUGAGGCAUUGGAGUCAGCCGGCUACGUUCAUGACGGAUCCUCCGAGUCUGCCAAUGUUGGAACAUUCAUUGGCGUUACAGCUGACGACUAUCGCGAGUACAACAGUAGCCAGGACAUUGAUGUCUACUAUGUGACUGGUGGCCUCCGCGCAUUCGCUCCUGGUCGAUUGAAUUACCAUUUUAAAUGGGAAGGCCCUUCAUUCUCAUUGGACACCGCCUGCUCCUCGAGUGCAGCAGCAAUCGAUCUCGCCUGCCAAUCUAUAUUAUCGGGCAAGUGCAACACUGCUGUUGCGGGUGGUGCGAAUGUAAUGACCGGGCCGAACCUCUAUGCCGGCCUUAGUCGAGGUGGAUUUCUUUCCCCAACUGGCUCUAGCAAGACUUUCGACGAUAGCGCGGAUGGCUACUGCCGCGGCGAUGCAGUAGGUGUCGUUGUUCUGAAACGGCUCUCUGAUGCUAUCGCCGCUGGUGACAAUGUUAGAGGUGUUGUCCGCAGCGUGGCUACAAACCAUUCCGCCUACGCCUCCUCGAUUACUCUUCCCCACACUCCAUCCCAGAAAAAGCUUUUUGAUAAAGUUCUCAAGGAAGCGGCGUUGCCACCCCAAGCAAUAUCUUAUGUUGAAAUGCACGGCACAGGUACACAAGCAGGCGAUACGAUUGAGAUGGAGAGCGUAAUUUCAACAUUCGGUCUCAAUCGCGCCGUGGAUAACCCUCUCUAUAUUGGGGCAGUCAAAGCUAAUGUUGGUCAUGGUGAAGGUGCCGCUGGCGUCACAUCGACCAUCAAAGCUAUGCUCAUGUUUCGCGAGGGUAUAAUUCCCCCACAUGCAGGAAUUAAAACUCGUGUCAAUACCAAAUUCCCAUCACUAGAGGCUAAGAACAUUCGCAUUGCUCGAUCAAUCGAGAAGUUCUCGCCUGGUCAGGAUGGGAAGAGAAGAGUGUGGAUAAACAACUUCAAUGCUUCAGGAGGCAACACAUGUUUGGUCGUCGAAGAACCUCCACGCCGCGAGGUGCAUGGCCUUGACCCACGCUCGUACCACGUUGUCACCUUAUCCGCUAAAACCUCGUACUCUGUGAAAGAAAACCGGAAGCGUCUCCAUGAACACCUUCUCACACAUUCCGACGAAAUUCAAGAUGUUGCAUAUACCACGUCAUCUCACAGGAUGCAUCACCCCCUCCGCUCGUCAUAUGUCGUUGCUAACAUGGAAGAACUCGUUGCGGCUCUUGCCAACGAUAUAUCUGCAGACAGCAAAUCUCAAACUGCAGAAAGGAGACCUAUUAUAUUCAACUUUGCUGGACAGGGAUCACAGCAUGCGGGAAUGGGGAAGCAACUUUUUGAGACAUCCCCGAGCUUCCGCAGAACUGUACUGGAGCACGACAAUCUGUGUAUUAACCUCGGGUUCCCUUCCUUUAUCGAUAUCAUCACCAACAUCAGUAUGGACACUAAAACGGCGCCCAUAAUCAAAGUACACUGCGGUUUGUUAUCCCUAGAGUUAGCACUCGCCCAACUUUGGAUGUCCUGGGGAAUCAAGCCAGAUCUAGUGAUUGGUCACAGUAUUGGAGAGUACGCCGCAUUGUGCGUUGCUGGUGUCCUUUCCCUUGCCGAUACGUUCUUCCUCGUCGGUACACGCGCCCGCCUUAUGGAAAAGUCUUGCACGAAGAGUAGUCAUGCAAUGGUCGUCAUCAAUGCCAACAAGGAACGUGUGACCGAUAUCAUAGGCUCCGUGCUUCCAGACAGGCUCUGCCAAAUCUCGUGUAUCAACGGACCUGAGUCUACGGUUGUUGGCCUUCCCAUUGCCUCAUUGGAACUACUCAAGACUGCGUGUGAUAAAGCGAAGACCAAUACCACGAAAUUGGAUGUUCCAUACGCAUUUCACUCUGCACAGAUGGACCCCUUACUUGAUGACUUUGGGAAUGCAGCCAAUGGAGUUCGGUUCCACAAUCCCCAGAUUCCGGUGGCAUCCACACUUUUGGGCAGUAUCGUUCAGUGUCCUGGAACUUUCUCAGCAACUUACCUAGUACGUCAGACUAGGGAACCAGUAAAUUUCCUCGACGCAGUUCGAACAGCAAGCGUCGCCUAUCCACAUGGGAUCUGGAUUGAACAUGGACCUGAUUCCACUUGUGCUCCUGUAAUACGGGCAACACUAGAAGACCCGCAAGCCAUCGUAUCCCCCAGUCUCAGGGGGUCAAAGGAGGACUGCUGGAAGACAAUAAGCAAGGUUAUUGCUCAAGCAUAUACAAGUGGUGCCCAGAUCAAUUGGCAGGCAUAUCACCGGCAAUACAGAAAGUCACUCAGGCUCAUAGACCUUCCAACAUAUGCCUUCGACUUGAAGAACUACUGGCUCCAGUACGAGGGCACCUGGGCUCUGGAAAAGAACCAUCAUAAAUGUCCCCAGCCUCGAGAGGUUGCGCCACAACCCCUUUCGGUCCCAUCAACGUUUUCGACUACAUGUCUCCAGCAAGUUGAGUCUGAGAGUUUCAAGAAUGGGACAGUCUCAGUGAAAUUUGUAUCUGAGCUGAAGAAGCCUGGUAUUUAUGAUCUAAUUCAGGGUCACUUCGUUAAUGGAAUUGGGCUCUGCCCUAGCGCAGUGUACACUGAAAUGGCGCUGACGGCUGCAAAAUACAUAUGGUCCAAGAUAUAUCCAUCCAAGCAGGUCCCUGCUAUGGAUGUUCGUGACUUCGAAAUCUUUCGCCCGCUAGUUCUCCACAAUGGUGCCGACGAUUACGUCGUAAGGGUGUCUGCAACCAAAUCGGCAGACUCCGACGCAGUACAGGUCGCCGUCAGCGCCCAACUCAACUCCCUUUCUCAGAGUCACGCCCGUUGCUCGGUUGAGUUUGGAGAUGGGUUACUCUGGGCUCGCUCGUGGCAGCGCAAUAGUUACCUUGUCUCGGACCGCGUCUCUCAGCUGACCGACGCAACUAAUGGAGGAAAUACCGAUAGACUCCGUGGUGAGAUGGUCUACAAAAUCUUCUCUGAUAUUGUUGAGUAUCCCGAAGGUUACAAGGGUAUCAAAGAAUUCGCUAUGAAUGGCAAGAUCAAGGAGGCUGUCGCCAAGGUCCAAUUCAGAAAGACCCCUUCUGAUACCACAUUUACCUGCGACCCUUGCUGGAUCGACACCAUUGCGCAGGUUCCGGGGUUCGUUUUGAAUGGUAGUACAUCAACCCCUCCUGACCUUGUCUUUUUGUCUACCGGCUGGGAGAGUCUACGGAUAGCCAAAAGCUUAUCCUCUGAGCAGGAGUAUACAUGUCAUGUUCGGAUGCAGUCAGGAGACAGUCCCGGUCUGUUCUUAGGCGACGCCUCACUGUUUGAGGGUGAUAGGGUCGUAGCUGUGGCAACUGGACUAAAGUUUCACGAAGUAAGGAAGGAAAAUCUUCACAAAGUUUUACCCGGCAGCCGAAACCUAUCCGGUCAAGCGACUGUGAGCAAUGCACAGUCUCGCAACAUCAGAUCAAUCUCCCAAAACGCCUCCAGUAGUCCCGCCAAUACGGUUACUGAUAGUUCCAAGACCUCUGGAAAACCGAAGCAACGACGCAUGCCUCGAGAAAAGGCCCAGCAGGUACCGAUUAGUUCUGAUAUAUUUUCGAGUAUUCUCCAGCUCAUCGCCAAAGAGGUUGGCCUCAAGGAAGAGAUGCAACUCAUUCUUCCCGUAACACUAUUUUCUCAGUGUGAAACGGUCGCUCAGCUGCGCGAGUACUUCCAGGCAUCAGUCAAUGACGCCACUACGCCACAUAAAAGCUUGGAUGACGAGUCCACAAGCAGUGACCAGACAGAAUAUACCAGUAUUUCUUCAGCAACAUCUGAAGAAGAGGGCCGGGCGGACGAUUCGUCAACGGCUGACAUUGUAGAAAUCAUCCUUGCAGCCAUUGCAAAGGAAUCUGGCAUUCCGGCCGAUGAAAUCGAUCCCAACACUGAUUUUUCGGACCUGGGUGUAGACUCUCUGAUGACUAUCGCAGUCCUUGGGGUGGUCGCUGCGGAGACUGGAGAGCAGCUUGCUGCUUCUAUAUUCUCGGACUAUCCUACGAUGUCAGCUUUGAGGAAAGAGCUAGGGAAACCAAGUGUGAAGUCAAAGCCAGCUGAUCCUCCGCCAGAGGCCUCGCCUAGAGCUGCACUUAAAGGGUCCACCAAAUCAAAGUUCAGACCAGAAGAUUACUCAAGCAACGUGGUACUUCUACAAGGAUAUUCCCACUCUCCACUCCCUCCGCUCUUCUUGAUCGCAGACGGAGCCGGCUCCGCAGCUGCUUACAUACACUUACCGCAAUUGCCCUCCCGCCUCCCUGUCUAUGCUUUGGAAUCGCCGUUUCUAAGCCGUCCUUCAGAGUAUACGUGUACUAUCGAAGAAAUCUGCUCAGUGUUUGUCGCGGCCAUUCGUGCCACCAAGCCCCGGGGUCCAUACUUCCUCGGCGGUUGGUCAAUUGGCGGUAUAUACUCUUAUGAGACGACUCGUCAGCUUGUGCAACUUGGGGAGAAGGUUGAGGGUGUCCUGUUAAUUGACAGCCCAUGUCCGAAGAAAAUGGAAGGGCUUCCCCCACUCACCUUGGAAGUCCUGGAGGAGACUGGCAUUUUUGUGGGAAUCCCGACACGCGGUGGCGGACCGGACACGCCCAUGCCUCUUGGCCAGAAGCAGCAUAUUACGGGAUGCGUUCAGGCUGCAAGCUCCUAUGACCCAAAACCCCUCACGCCCGCUCAGCGUCCAUCGCACACGUAUAUUAUUUGGUCUGCACGCGGGCUUUUCGAGCAACUAAGCGAAAAGGUUAAAGAGGCUUCGGACCAGAGUUCGCAAUCUGGAACAAAGACUGGUAUUAACCGCGACUGGCUAACGGGAACGCGGACUUCGUUCGACCCAAAAGGUUGGGAUAAGUUACUCGGUGACUGCGAAUGCCAACCAACAGAGGGCGAUCAUUUUUCAUGCAUGAAUAUGCCACUGAUCAAAACAACGGGAAAACUUGUGGUCGAUGCUGUCGACAAAUUUCUAGAAAAGAUAAACACGUCCAACACAGCUACAAAAGUACUUCCGCCACCGAAGAGUAGCUCCCAGGUUCACGCCGCUGAGCUCCCGCGGGCGAGGGAAGUAUUUGAAAAUGUGCGUCUAGAGACUGUGGAAUAUCUGAAAAAAUCGGCCUUUCACGGCUUCUGGAGCCAGGUCUAUCCUCUCCAACGACGCCUCGUGUUAUCCUACGUUGUCGAGGCGUUCGCUGAGCUGGGAGCCCCUCUUGGAUCCUUCGCACCCAGACAGCCUGUUUCUGAGAUAAGGCAUAUGUCUCUUCAUGGCAAGCUCAUUCUACAGUUGUAUCAUAUCCUCGAGGAUGCAUCUCUCAUCAGCAUUGAAGCUGGCGUUCGCCUUCGAACCGCCACUCCUGUGGAUGCAACCCCGUCACAAUCACUGUACCGGGAAAUACUUGCCCGCUUUCCUCAACACGAGAGCGAGCAUAAGCUACUUAACCUAGCUGGCUCUAGGCUUGCUGGUGUCCUGACCGGCGAUGUCGACUUCCUGCGUAUUCUGUUCCAAGAAAACCGGGCACUGCUCUCGGAAGUCUACACGUACGGCCCCAUGUUCAACGCGGCUUCAAAACAACUGAGCGACUUCGUCUUUCACCUUUGCAAAGACAUACCCCCGGGACAACAGAUCCGGAUCCUCGAGAUCGGUGGUGGCUUGGGUGGGACAACACGCCCUAUUGUCGACAUGCUGAAAAGCUACAACAUUCCGUUCUCGUACACGUUCUCAGACAUCUCAGGCUCACUUGUCGCAGCGGCUCGAAAGACAUUUGCUGGUACUUUUGGGAUGGAGUUCGCUGUCCUUGACGUGGAGAAAGCGCCUGCAGCACAGUAUGUUGGCAAGUACAAUUUCAUUUUCUCAACCAACUGUGUGCAUGCGACACGUAACCUGGUUACAUGCACAACCAAUAUCCGGACAAUGUUGCGUCCAGAUGGACUCCUCUCGCUCGUGGAGUUCACCGAGAACAUAUUCUGGUUCGAUAUCGUCUUCGGUUUGCUCGAAGGCUGGUGGCUCUUUGAGGAUGGACGCCAGCACGUGCUAGCUAGUGAGAUAUUCUGGCGCAAAAGUUUACGCCAGGCUGGCUACAGUAGUGUAGCUCUGUCAGAUGGUAAUACUAGGGAGUGUCAGACUUUGAGGAUUAUUUCUGCUUUCCAACCUGGGCUCUAA